AUGAUCCCAUUCGCUCACUACACCCCAACAGCACGAGUUACUGAGCACUUUGCCCCUCACACCGUCAGCUAUACCCCUCCAACAUCAGUGGCCGACGUUUAUCCCCAGCACGCUCAAGCCUUUCAGGCGCUCGAACAACCGCAAACUGUUCAGGAUUGGCAGAUGCGCCAGGCCGCCGAGGCCCACAUCCUCGCUGCCCUCCAAGGUGGCAGCAGCUACGGCAACCUGCCAUACACUUCGACCUCGAGAAUGAACGACAGCUCCUCCCAGGCCCAGCUAACGUCUCCUCCUCGGCCACUUCCGUACGCCUUCCUCCCUCAAACACCACGAUCCGCGCGAACCGUGGCCGAUUCUUCAACGCCUUCCUCGGUUGCUCCCUCCUCCUCUGCACCUUCUCCAGCACCGUCCGCUGGUGACUACUUCGAGCAAAUGCUUGAUCACCAGCUUCGGCUGUCUACACCAACACCUACUGCACCCUCACAGAUCCCGAUGGCCGCGCCGACACCCUCGCGCCGGCCGCCGCAGUCGUCCCCAGACCCGCUGGGUUUCCGUUCCGAAGGACCUUCACCCUCGAAGAAGCCUCGCACGACUGCGAACCCCUCACCCAGCCAGCAGCCAUCGUUUGAGAUCAAUCCCCCCAAGCUUACGGACGCACAGAAGGCUAUGUACAAAUCCAUGACUCCGUCGAGCAUCGCUCCGCAUUCGACGCCGGCGGUCAAGGACGACGACUCUGAGGAGGAUGACAUAGACUGGGGCCAGUCCAAGGCAGACAUCAAUGGAGACUGGCAGAUGGGCCAGGAGAACUCAGGUGGAUACGACCAUUCGACCCUGAGACCGGUCGCGCGUACUGGUGACAAGGAUCAACGCUCUCUGUUUCAGAAGGUGCAGAACCUUCUCGAGGACAUUUUCGAGGAGUCGGAUGGCUUCAGUGCUACGCCAUCGCUGGAGGAGGUCAAUCACUCACGUUACUUCCAUGGCUUGAGCUCUAACGGCGAACACCCGCUUUUGUCGCAAGAGUGUGUCGACAAACUGGUCCGGAACUUUAUGCGCCUCCACAAGCCCAAGCGCUCGCGACAAUCCAAGGCCGAGGAGCUGCCUUACGACGUCGACCUCCUCAUGCGCUUGCUCCGUGUCUUAGAGCGCUCGAUGCAGGAUGGCCAAGAUCUCGACCCUUUUCCUGAUAACGGUCGGCGGACUGUUAUUGAGAACACCUCUCCUGUUAAGGGCGGCAAGGGCAGGAAGGGGAGGAAGACCACCAGCAAUGGGCCCGAGCCCUCCCCAGAGCUCGAGGUCUCCGAGGACGAGAAGAACAGUGGCGAGAGGAUCCUGUCAACAAUAUCGAACGCCGCGGCUGCAGCCCUGUGCUGCCUCGUUGUACUUCGCACCCCCGGGCUUCCCAAGCAGCUCUACUCGGAAGACCUGCUGACGCAAUCUGUCACCGCAGUUCGCAGCCAAAUGACGACCGUGCUGUUCCCUGUCAUUGAAGGCCUUGCCGGCGAGAGGAUCUGUUCCAACUUCCUCGCGUGGCUCGUCACCGACGAGGCUGCUGCAGCCGCCAAGGGCAAGUCCAAGAAGCACAUCUCGUCCUUCAACAACCCGUCUGUCUCCUCAAUCGCCCACUUCACAUGCGCGGCGGUCCCCCACAUCACUGGACUCAUCAACAAGCCCAACAUGACCUUUGGUGAUCAGCUCAUCAUCAACGCAGUGUACCUCGCCAUUGGGCCGGUCUUCGUUCAUGAGCCGACUACAGCUCGCCGCGGCAAGGCCAAGACGACUGGCACAGCAACGUGGGCGGUCAUGAAGACUCUGCGCACUGACGCGCUUGGCUGCCUGCGCGUCGUCUUUGCGAAGUACGAGAACCAGCGCCAGUGGAUCCUUGAGGAGAUUCUUAUGCACUUGGGCAAGAGCAUAGAGUCGGGCUCAACGAACACACGCUACCAGCUAGCCGACGGGGGUUCUAUCAACACGCUCAGUGCCCUGUUCCUACAGUUGGUCCAAGCCUUCUCUCAUGGUGUCGGACCGGCGAUCCGCAAACUACGCUCUCGUAACAUCGACUUAGAGACUGGCGAGCCGCAGAACCCUCAGGCGGUCGCUGAGGAGGAGUCCAGGAUGUGUCUUGGAACUGUGGAAAAGGCGGCAGGUUACAUGAAGUUCCUGGUGGACGUCUUGAUCCGCAAGUCAAUCGCCACCAAGACCAGUCGUGGCGCGCAGGAGACUGACUUUGCAAGCAUCCUCACUUCACUUGUCUCCGAUCUCCUCACGGUCAUCUACCGCCCGGAGUGGCCAGCAGCUGCGUUGUUCUUGAGUGUGCUUCUGAAGACAUUGCUUGAUGAGCCUGGCAAGACCAAGGGCGCAGUUGAGGCCAAUGCCGCCCGGGCCCUUUCGCUCGACUACCUGGGCGACAUCGCUGCGAAGAUCCGGUCUCUCGAGAUGGAGAUGAACCGCAAGGCUGUCAUCCCGAGCUUCAAGGAAGUUCUGCAGGAUGCGAAUAGCGAUGGCCUCGCUGAGCUCCUCGCGGCUCACCAGACUGUUCAGUCGUAUCUCACAGCCGCUUCGCGCGAGGACGGCAUGCUAGUCUCUGCCGGUGAAAUGUCUCGAGUUCUGUGGGCCAAUGACAUUUCAAAAGCAUUGCAGCGCGCGAACUCCCUCCUCGAGCGCUUCGCUGCCGAGCCGGACGAAGCUGCCACUGGAGAGAAGAUCAAGGCCAUCACUCAGUCGCUUCGCCUCGCAGCCCACGAGGUGUGGAGUGGGGAGUCUGGGAACGUCUUUAACCCCGGGUCAAACCAGCUGGAGGAUGCCAUUGAGGCGUCACUUGCGAUUUCUCGCUCCAAUUCCUUACAGGAGGCUUUCAAGAUGCUGCUCUUCGCCCUCACCAGGUACAUGGACUCCAGCGUCGUCACCCAGCGCUCCAAGGCCCUGCGUGGUCUCACUCAGGUGGUGAUCGCGGACCCCGAGACUCUCGCAGACGCCAACGUGAGGAUGGCAAUUGAGGACAGGUUAAACGACUCGUCACCCUCUGUGCGCGACGCUGCUGUCGACCUCAUUGGCAAGUAUGUCGUUCAACGCUCAGAGUUGGCUGUCCAGUACUUCCCCCUCCUCGCUGCCCGCGUCACCGACACGGGUCUGGCCGUGCGCAAGCGUGUGGUAAAAAUGCUGCGCGACAUGUUCUCAACUACCGACAACAGGCAACUUGGCAUAGACAUCUGCUGCAAGCUCGUGGUAGCAACCCAGGACGAAGACGAUGGAAUCAAAGAUCUCGGCGUCAAGUCGCUCACAGACAUACUUUAUCCGCCGUCUGGUUUUGUUGCGGCCGAAGCCGCCGCUCUCUUAGUCGAAGUGCUCCACAGGUACGAUGGGACGACGCCGUCUCUCGAGGCAGCGAUUCAAGGGGUGCACACUGCUUGCAAGAAAAGCGGUAACAGCCAUUACUUUGGCGAGACGAUCGACGCACUGAUCAACCGAAUGGUGGACGCAACCGAGGACAGCGAGUUUGACGGCGGUAGCCAUAUCCGCGCCAUCUUCCUCCUAAGCCAGGAUGACCCGGCGCUGAUUGACACCAACAAGGCCUCGGUGUUGCUGUCGUACCUUCGUCCGCCCAGCAACACGGAUGAGCAGAACGCCAAUGACCAGAUCCAGCAGAUCUUUGUCCGGUCCAUUCCUUUCCUUCCAAGGUCGGCGUCAGCGUUUGCCAACGAACUCUCCGACACAGUUCGCAAGAUGGUUCAAAGGCCCGCUGGAGCACCUCCCACCCUCCGUUGGUCGGUAGCUUGCUACUGUGUGGUCGUUAAGCACUUGACCAAAGGUUAUUUCGGCGUCUGGUCGCUUCUGAGAGGUUGUCACGAUAAAAUCAAAGCACACAAGCUUGACGAAAAAAACGCCCAGGUCAUGCGUCAAAUCAACACGAUGUACUACAUCACAGCGUUGAUCGUUGAGAACCUCGACUUCGACGCCAUUGCUUGGGACGACGAUCAGAUUGCGAGAGCCGUCAAGUCGUUGAUGAAGAGACCCCGCCCGCUGGCCGAGCACUUCUUCGACCUCUACAUCGAAUUCUCAUCAAAGGUCACCAGCCAGCAGAUUCCUAUUCUGUGUCUGAACGCUCUCUUCCGAUCACAUCCGCAGCUCAUACUCAACUCCAAAGCAGGUAAAUGGAUGGCCAAGAUGUUCGAGUCUGGAAGCACCGACACCAAGUCUCGGUUGCUAGAGCUCAUCCACGACUUCCUGGUAUCGGAGUCGAAACGACGCAUCGUCAAGGACCCUACAGCAAAGGGCAUUAAGGACCUCAUUGGCGCCAACAACGAGAUCCACGACUCUGUCGUAUCAACCUCUCUGGUUCAGAGAACCAUUGGCUUCGUGAAGGACGCCGCCAUGUCACACACAACAAGCCUCCAACGGGAAGCGAUCAACGUUCUCGGUUUCACCGUGAACCAGGGCCUGUACCACCCUGUCAUGCUUAUGCCCGUCCUGAUUCCCCUCGAGGCUAGCGAGGACAGGCGCUUGGCCGACACUGCGUUGGCGCUGCACUCGACUCUUCAUCAGAAGCACUCGACGCUCCUGAACGUGCAACACCUGGACUUUGUCCGAGCCUCGUACAACUACCUCCAUGGCGUGUCGUCGGAGGUAUUCGGCGGGAGGCGUGGUCGCGCUGCGCUGGGGGGAUGGUAUGGCCUUCUAGUUGAGAAGCGGUCGUGGCGGCUCGAGUUCUUACGUGCCCUCACCAAGGCGUUCGACUUCGAUGUGGAGACCAGCGAUACAAUCGACCCCCAGUUUGUUCUCUACGUUGCAGAGAACCUCUGUCUGUUCGACUACCAGCUUCAGGAGGAGCCCAUGCUUGUCAUCCAGGCGCUCAGCCAUGUUGUGCGCGACGGCGCGUCGACUGCCAACCACAUCGAGCUUGCGCAAGUCGCAGGGGCCGAUAACGAGUCCAUUGAGGACAAGGUCGCGAUCGUUUCAGAGAAACAGCAGUUCCCUGCCUUGCGGCUUGCCAACGCCAGUCUUGUCGUCGGCAUUGCGUUGAUCGCCAAGAACCUCCUCCUUGAGGUGUACGGCCUGACAGAGGACAAGUGUCUUAAACUGGAGAGGGGGAAGAAGUCGGCGUAUGGGGAGAAGCCUGCGACCAAGAAGGAGCAGUACCAGAAGUCGUCUAUCCCGCUCGAUACGUCUGAGCGGCUUCCCCUAGCGCGCGAAGGGGUCGAGACUGUGGGACACUACCGGCUGCAACAGGGGACGAUUUUGCAGCUGAUGAGGGAGGAUGGGGCGCUAGGGUGGAACGACCCCUCGGUCAUGCUUUUUUAG